AUGAAAUACAUUUUAAAAUGCACCCUCUCCGGUAUCGCUGCGAUGCACGAGAAAGACAUUGUUCACAACGAUGUCAAAGCCAAUAAUAUCAUGAUUCAAACGACACGGCCCGAGUCUAAGAAGGAAUGGCAGAUUGCAAAAGUUCAAAUCACGGAUCUCGAAGACUCGGCUUAUCUUCACUAUCCAGAAUCAGCGGUCGUGGGUGCACAGCUCGGAAAUAUCAUGUGGCGGAGUCCAGAAGCUCACGCAAUGGGGCCCAUUCGUAAACCUUCGGAUAUGUUUUCAUUCGGCCUCGUUUGUAUCUAUGCAAUGACCCAAAUCCUACCCUUCGCAAUAGACACCACGGAUCUCCCGGAAGAAAUCGAGCCCUUGGCCGUCAUCCUUGAGCGUCAAAUCUCUUACUUCGCAGAAGAGCAGGAUCUGCAUGCCUUUUUACGAUACUUGGGCCAUAAACCUGAGUGGGUGGAAAUCUUCCAGGUAGUGGCGAGGGUGUUUGAAGAAGGACAACCUAGAAGGCCGUUUCGACGCUGGAAGGGAAUAGAUGUUGAUCAAGUGGAUGCUUUUCGAAAUCUUAUUCUUGGAUUGAUGAAUUUCGAUCCGGCGAGACGAUUGACGACCCAGCAGGCGCUGGAACAUGAGUGGUUUCGAUGA